AUGGGCGAGGAGCUCAAGGCACUGCACGACAAACUCGACGCCGUCGAUGCUCGGGCACCCGCUACCCCGUCGCGAUUGUUCGCCGCCGUAGUGCAGUCGCAACGGACGUCCCAGCCCGCAACGGCUGCGCCCGACAGAGCGUUCAACACCUCUCCUGCCAGCGAGCUCUAUUGCACAAUCGACACGUCGCGAGUAGAGGAAGCGAAUCGCGACCAGGCCCAGGUCGGGGCCGUCCGACAGGCCAUAGAAUUGGAGAUGAGGGCCAGGGACGGCCUAGCAACGUGGCGGUGCGCGGCGGUCCUGAAGGACGCUCGGGCUGCGGAGCGCAUCAAGAUAAUCUGCAGAGACGAAAACGAAUUGAGACAGGUCCGGGAGGCUGCGCAGAAGACAGCCGUCGUCGGCGCGCGAGUCAUGCGGGAUCAGCUUUUUCCAGUGAAGGUCGACAAUGCGAACAGGAGCAUGGUGCUGGACGCAGAAGGGACUCUGUGGCAGAUGCGCCAGUAG